CUAGAUUUAAACGGGGUCAAAUUUCAACGUUGCACUGUUGUUCCCAAGAGUCUAGCCAACAUAAAAUCACUUUCUAUUAGUCUAUUCCGUAUCCGUAUUGCGUGUGUUUUAUAGUAACUGCAUUUUCUAAAAUUAACCUAGUGCUAACAUUUUCAGUAACUAUUAACGACAGCUGUGUAAAAAUUAACAAAAAAUGAAACCUGUAGCCUAUGUAGUUAAAGACGCAGUACCUAAUUAUUUAUCAAGUUUGCCCAUUCCUGACACCUUCGGAGGAUGGUUUAGGUUAGGAUUUAAAGAUUGGCUGGCUUUAGUCCCACCUACUGCAGUUGCUGCUGGCUUUAGUUACGUUGUAUACAGGGCGUUCUGUCCCCAUGGCCGUCCUGCAGCAAGUGGAAAAAUCAAUCCCUGUAUACUCAAAACCAGUAAUAAAGUCGUAGACUCCGUGGAUGUAGAAGAUAUUACUGAUAAAGCUGUGUUCUGCCGUUGCUGGAGAAGCAAAAAUUGGCCCUAUUGCGAUGGAUCUCAUGGAAAUCACAACAAGGAAACUGGUGAUAACGUAGGCCCUAUUAUAGUUCAGAGGAAGAAAAAUUAAAAUCGAUCCAUUCUAGUAGACAAAAUUUGGGAUGUAGUAAUUCUGGUGUUAACUAUCUUGGUGUCAAAUUGUACUUCCAUAGAUUUGUUUUAAUAAUAAUAAUACUCUUUGUUUUAUUAUUGUUUGUUGAUCAAGCAUUUACUUUAAUGUUUCUAGUUUGUUUGAAAUAUAAGUUAUUAAUUUAA